CGAUUCGAUUGGCACGCCUGCCAAAGUGAAUACGGGAGGUCAGUGCACGUCACGUAGCUAUCGCUCGAAGUCGUGGAAUUUGGUGACUUCGGUCGUUCGCGGUGGCCCGUCGAAGCGGGAUACGUAGCAGCAAACGGAGUCCUGGGACUCUCGCGAGCGGGCCGGGGACAUUUGGUGCGCGGUCGGUUCGGUCCGCUUUCGGUGCACGGGCAAUCACGCAUCGGGCGCGCGCGGACGCAAAACGGCAUCCGCGUACGCGACGAUCGAGGCCGCGGAAGUGUUCGGCCGCGCGCGCGAGUGUCGUAGCCUAGCCCGCCGUCGGACGAACGGGGAAGGUGAGGCGGUGCAAAGUGAGCGAGCGAGCGAGCGAACGGUCGCUGCAUGUAACCGCGCCGCGACGAUCCCGUAGCCAGCCGGUGCUCGCGGACCGACCGCCUACGAUCCCUAACAGUCUAGCUCGUCCACCCGACACGGGCGCCGCCGCCGCCGUCGUUCGACGCCCGCUGCCGACGACGACGACGACACGCGAGGCAACCGCGCGAGACGCAGGUUAUGUCAAGCGGAUUGGCAGGCGCUGUCUCAAACCAGCGGAUGAAAGGACAAACCGGCAAUCAAGUGAGCAAUGGUCCUAAGGAACAUCAGCAGCAACAGACGGAACAUGCCACUGGCGAAGACACUGGUUUCGAUUCGUGGCGAGGAGGCAACAAUGCUCAGCAUCACUCGAGUUAUCCGAUCGGCACUGGCGAUCCCUAUAGCCCCUACUAUGCCGGCACCUCGUUUCCCUACCAGGCCUUCGGCGCUGGCGACGGUACGUGGUCAAACGGCACCGAUCCGGUCGCCUUUCUCUCUGGUUACGGUGGACAAAUAAGCCAUGCCGACGCUUACGGCAUGGACGGCAUGUUCUCCGCGUCGGCAGCCGGCGGUGGCUUCAGCGCGUUCGGUCAGCCGCCGUUCAACUACUUCCACGGCAACGGUGACUUUAGUGCAUGGGGAACACCGAGGAGGACCAAGUACGAGGAUUACUAUCAGCCUCCACGAGGCAACGAAAGCUAUGGCAAUCCGGCGGCGAGUGGUACCGGCGAGAUCAAGACCAUCGAGCAGGGGGUGCAGGGUCUGUCGAUCGGCGGUGGCGCGGGUGAGCUGCCCCGGCAGGAUCAGCAGCAUCCGCAGCAGAGCGCGGCGCAACAGAUCAGCAAGCCUGAGCCGAAGGAGCAAAGGAAGAUUACCUGGGCAAGCGUGGCGAGCCAGCCAGCGAAGCCGGUACCACCGCUCUCUUCCUCGCAAGGGAUGAAGAAGAAAGCGGGCAUGCCGCCGCCACCGAUCGUGCCGGGUAAGCACAACAUGGACAUCGGUACUUGGGGCGAGGGUAAGUCUUCCGCGCCGCCGCCGCCCACGGCGCCGCCGCCGCCGCAAGUGCAGCCACCGAUCCCGCCGCCACCGCCGCCCGUCCAGAGGCAGCAACGACCGCAGCAGCCGCCUCAGCCGUGCUGGAACAGGCAACCGUCCGCAGCGGCUACGCCUACGGCCCCGCAGUCGCAAACGCAGAUCCACGUGCCACCGCAAUCGCAGCAGCAGCAGCAGCACCAUCAUCAACAACAACAACAGCACCACCAGCAGCAGCAGCAGCAACUUGUUCCGAGCAAUCCAUCGCAUCCGGUCCUCGACGAGUUAAAAGUGAAGAACGAUUACAAUCCGGCGGACUUCGAUCAGACCGCGCCCGGCGCCAGGUUCUUCGUAAUCAAGUCCUACUCGGAGGACGACAUCCAUCGGUCCAUCAAGUACGAGAUUUGGUGCAGCACCGAGCACGGAAACAAGCGGCUGGAUCAGGCUUACCGGGAGGCGAGUCGCGAGGGCGCGCCUCUGUAUUUGUUCUUCUCCGUGAACGGGUCCGGCCACUUUUGCGGCAUGGCGCAGAUGGUCUCCCCCGUCGAUUAUCAGUGCAACAGUAGUGUCUGGUCGCAGGACAAGUGGAAGGGUCAGUUUCGCGUACGCUGGAUUUACGUGAAGGACGUUCCUAACGUGCAACUGCGUCACAUUAAGCUCGAGAACAAUGAGAACAAGCCGGUGACCAAUUCGCGGGACGCGCAGGAAGUCCCGCACGCGAAGGGCGUCACGGUGCUGCGUAUCCUGCAUACCUAUCGUCACUCCACGAGCAUCUUCGACGAUUUCGGGCAUUACGAGCGCCGGCAGGCCGAAGAGGAUCAACGUAAGGCACCGACCAAUGCCAUACAGCAUCACCAUUCCUCUUCCAAUCAUAGGAACAGGGGACAUGCCUCGGACAUGUCCAGGGAUCACCAUCAACACGGUCAUCAGUCUCAUCUGCAUCAGCGCAAGGAACGUGGCAGCCGCGGCGGAAGAGGAGGCUCGCGCCAGUAGCGCUGGAUAUUGCAGAAACGUACCGCCGUUAACAGGAAUAAAGGAAGCACGCCGCGAUUAAUUAUCACGUCCUACCACUUACCUUUGCUUUCCCGAAUCCACGAUGGGCUUCUGAUUUUCUGUGACCGAGAGCAACAUUCGUCGUCGACGCACGGCUGCGUUGUUCUUUCGUUAAAAUGAUUAAUUCGAUAAUGAGAUAACAUUAGCGUCACAUCGUAAAAUAUGUAACCGCAACUAUUAAGAGAAAGCGGAAGGGGAACGAGCAGGAGAAGGAUAAUACACUAUUUCGAGGAAUAUUUGGCUAAACCCGAUUGACGUUGAAGCGUAUAGUGUGGUGUUGCGUGCUAUUCAUCGAAAGGUGUUUCUUAACGUACAAAUAAAACGGAACAGAAGAAACGAGGGAGACGGGAAAGAGGGGAAGGAGAAGAAACGAGAGACGCGCGGUAUAGAAGGGGAAAAAAAAAAGAAACUGUAACAUGUGGACUAAUCCUUGUAAAAUGCUUAAACUUUUGUUGAAAAUGGAAAAAAAUCUAUACAAGAACACUAUAUUAUAAGCAAGUGUCAUUCGGAUCAGUUACAUUGUUUUAAACAUCAAUGAACAUUUAAUCUGGUGCCUGCAGCUAUACAGAAGGGAUCGAAUACUCCCUUAAUUGUUAAUGGGGUGCAGGGGCUUGUUAUUGCAACAAACGUUUUCAGUUGUAUUUAUAACCAUCAUGCUUCACGGAGCAAAUUAUACAGAAAAUUAUUGGCGUUUAUUUUAGCGCAUAUUCUAUAUCUCUGCAUUGCGAAUAUAUCAUCUAUUAUUAUAUUAUUCAUGAACUACAGAGAAAUGAGUUGAGGAUAAUAUAACGAGAAGUGAAAUAAUACUGCAAUUAAUCUACCGUAAUGUACACGAUGACGACGAUCAUAAUUAUUAUUGUACCAUUUGAUGACAUUUCAUGAGAUAUGAUUCUUAUUGUUAAAUGCAUCUCUGUUCUCUC